AGAGGCAGGAACGGGCAGACCUAUCUAAAAACAAUCAAAAGACUAAACCACUAAAAUAAUGUGGUUAUCAAAAGAAAACUGCAGAGUGUAUGAGGAAGUAUCGGAGAGAAGGAAGUGAAGAACACCCGUGAAAAAGCCACUCCCGCGGGAGGAGCAACGGAGGGGCGGCCAGCCGCGGCGUGUCUGAGGUUAGAAGCGUAGGAGCGCUGUGUAGUGGGGAGCCAGGUCCGCACGCCACUUAGCUGAAAGCAGAAUCGGUGCACCCCACAGUGACACACACCAACAGUGCUCCAGUGGAUGUCACCCGCUGUGCUAACCGGCUCUUGCCCCUACUCAGUGGCAGGCCCCGGCCGUCUCCUUCACUAUUCUCUUUCGGGUUCUGCCUGUCCUCCCAUCCUGUUGGACUUUGCAGCGCCUGAGGCAUCCGACUGAUUUACUGAGCUGGUUCCUAGCCUCGACUCCAGAUUUGAGUCCGAGCUCCUGCUCCAAGUAACACCCACAGCGCCGGACUGAGCGUCCGAAUGCUGGUGGCCCGCCCUUCCCUUAUUUACAUUCCCGAGAACUACAACUCUGUUCUGCAUCAGAACCUUCUCCCGGAAGUUAUUAGACCCGAGGCGGAACCGGAAGACCCGGGUACUGGUGCCACGUCCGUUGCUGUGCUGCGGACUCCCUGAGUGGGACCCCGGAGGGCACGAUGGCAGAUUGGACUCGAGCUCAGAGCUCCGGUGCUGUGGAGGACAUUCUAGACAGAGAGAACAAGCGGAUGGCUGACAGCCUGGCCUCCAAGGUCACCAGGCUUAAAUCGCUGGCUUUGGACAUCGACAGGGACACAGAUGACCAGAACCAUUACCUAGACGGCAUGGACUCAGAUUUCACAAGUGUGACUGGCCUACUCACGGGGAGUGUGAAACGCUUCUCCACGGUGGCACGGUCUGGGCGAGACAACAGGAAGCUUCUCUGUGGUAUGGCUGUGGUCUUAAUUGUGGCCUUCUUCAUCCUCUCCUACCUCUUGUCGAGGACAAGGACGUGAGCCAGUGGGAGCCAAGGGCAGCCAGGCUCUUGUACACCUGGUACCCAGGUAUCCUAAGGACCUGACUACAAAAAAAAAAAAAAAAAAAAAAAUAUCCCUUUGAAAUUAUCAUCAUGCGUCAUUCAUCUUCCUAAGUCAGGACGACUGCAGCUGCCUCUGUCAUGAGCUCAUCUUGGCUUGUCCUGUGUAUGAAGGAAGAAGAAAAAGGCAAAACCCAGUACUACUCCCUGGUGCUAAAGACACUGGCAGAACCAGAGCCAUGUUGUAUGAGAACGAGCCAGGUCUGUGCAAAGCAUCUGUGAGUCCUGAAUGUGCCCACUGUGGCUAGCGGCCACACUCCUCAGAAGGCAGUAUCUUAAGGGUCUUCUGGUUUGCCCUAACCUGUUUAUGCCUGGUUUAAACUGUGUCUCUGUCCUUGAAGAGUCUGAAACUGACACCAGAAGGGAAUAUGGCCAUGAGCCCUCUCCAAAUGAUGGUCAUCAGCUGAGGCUGCUGAUGAGGAGUGGACCUGGCACUCCAGUCACUGGCUGAACUCAGAACCCAGGGAAGAGGCAAAGCCGUGGAUAGAGGAGUAGACUGCAGUCCAGAGGCACUGGACUAAGAGCUUUCUGGGCCACAAGACCACGUGUCCAGGAGUACAGAUGUGUGUGUCCUUGGGAUUGAGAAUCUUCCCAGUGUCAAAGAUGUCUCCAUCCCCAGACAGACAGACUGAGAACUGUACAAGGUGGCUUUUCAGAGCCAGGUGGUGCUGGAGUGGUCUCUCUGCUGGGGAUCCUUAUGGAGCUGGAGGCCACCCAUGAAAGCAUUUGUGUAGUGGGAACUUUUGACCUUGUACUGAACCUUGCCCUACCCUGUACAGCCAGUCUCCCUUGGUGUGAGGGAGAUUGAGCUACCUCCUUGUUGCAUAACUCCACAGACUUGCCUGCUCUGCCGGCCCUCCCUGCUGCCUUGGCCAGCCCCAUUUGCACACAAACCGACCUGUGGGGCUGACAGGGCCAGCAGCUUAUGAGGACCUAGCACUUUGUGUCUUCACAUAAAAUAUCCUUAAGAC